GCAAGUCUUUGAUCAGGUUUAACUGGCAAGUCAUGUCUUUGACAUCUAAAGGGGAGGCUGAGAGGGUCUGAAGGGAACAACAACAAGCAGCUGAAAGAGAGAGAAAGAGAAGGAGAGAGGGAAACAGGGUGCCUCCGCUCAGGGAAACAGAAGAGGAGGGGUGGGAGGACAAGAGCAGGGAACGGUGAGGAUUCAUGCUGUGUUAGCAUCCCCUCAGCAACUCCAUCAAUGCUGCAUACAGCUGAGAAACUGGCAAAGGUCCUCCGUACUGCAUUUUCAGGCUCGGCCGCAGAGAAAGAGAGCGACUCCCACGACCGGUCAGCUCAGUCUGCUGCUGGAGGGGCUCGUUGUGAGGGGCAGAACACACACACACACACACACACACGCACACACACCCAUACAAGACACACUCUAACACACUCUCUCUGGAACCUCUGCUGCAUCAAGAAGCAGAGGAGAGACACUCGACCUGGGAAUACUCCAGAGGAGAGAGUUAUCACCGGAGAGGGACAGCGAGGAAACUCUUGCUGCCAUGCCCUGCAUCGGAGGCUGAGCUGCGGGAGAGUUUGACAGGACCUCAGUGCACCUGCUCCUUGCACACUGAUUAUAUAGAAGAGCUGGUGUGUGCAAUGGCUAUCUUCAACUUGCAGGGUUUCAUGCCACCCGUUCUGCAUCACUUUCCUCUCUUUGCUGCACAGCCAGGUCCAACGAUCUGACCACACCUCUCCUUCCUCCCCCCGUUCGCCCCUCCUCCCCCUUUUUUUGGUGUCCAUCUUUCCUGGACCCACCAUGGGAGGAUGCUUCUCCAAACCCAAACCAGUUGAAGUCAAAGUGGAGCUCUCUCUCCUGGAAAAAGAAAAAGAAGUGGACGGCCUGUCCCCUAAUGGCAAAGCGAGCCCCUUCGCUGACUGCAGACCGAAUGGGGCCCUGGCACACAGCUCUGACGAAGACUCCAUGCUGCUGCCGCUCAACCACAACUCCCGGGAUUAUGUGGAGGCCUCAGUGUGUCACGUUAAAGACCUGGAAAAUGGACAAAUGCGAGAGGUCGAUCUGGGAUGUGGCAGAGCUUUGCUCAUCAAACAACACGGGGAGUUUUCCGCCAUGGCCCACAAGUGUCCGCACUACGGAGCACCACUGGUCAAAGGUGUCCUAUCUAAAGGACAUGUGCGCUGUCCCUGGCACGGCGCCUGUUUCAGCACAGCAACAGGAGACAUAGAGGACUUCCCAGGUCUGGACAGUCUGCCUACCUUCCAGGUCAGAGUUGAAAAGGACAAGGUGAUCAUUCGUGCAAACAAGCAAGCACUUCAGUCACAAAAGAGAUCGAAACCCAUGUCCCGAUGUUCGGCCGUCAUCAACUCCAACACAGGCUUCAGCCAUGUUCUCAUCAUCGGUUCAGGUCCAGCGAGCCUGGUGUGUGCAGAGACACUGAGGCAAGAAGGCUUCACAGAUCGCAUCGUCAUGUGCACCAUGGACAGACAUCCUCCGUAUGACAGGCCUAAACUGAGUAAGGUUUGUACACAGACUCCAGCCAUAUACACUGAGACGCAGCUCAUUAUGUCAGGAAGCUUACAUAAGAGACUGCAGAGUUGCUGCUUUGGUCAGUGGCUCUUUAGGGAGCAGCUACUCAUUGAGCAGCCAAGCUUAAGAAAGUUGAGAAAAUGUGGUUUCCUGCAGGACCAUGACAUUGAGCUGCUCACAGAAAAGGAGGUUGUAGCAGUGGAUGUUAAGACUCGAUCUGUAACGUUUGAAGACGGCUUGAGGAUGGAGUACAGGAAACUCUUUAUUGCUUCAGGAAGCAAUCCAAAACCGAUGAGCUACAAGGGGAAAGACGUCGGGAAUGUUUUCCAUCUCCGGACGCCUGAGGAUGCUAACAGCAUAGCGAGGCUAGCCAACAACAAGAACGCCGUGAUUGUGGGAACAUCUUUUGUUGGUAUGGAGGUGGCUGCAGCUCUGACUGACAAGGCCCACUCAGUGUCUGUCAUCGGGAUCGAGCCGGUCCCCUUCAAAAAAGCUCUUGGGGAGAAAGUAGGGAAAGCCAUAAUGAAGCUGUUUGAGACAAACAGGGUGAAGUUCUACAUGCUGAACGAAGUGUCGGAGAUGAUUGGUCAGCAUGGACAGCUGAAGGAAGUUGUUCUGAAGAGUGGGAAAGUCCUGCGGGCGGACGUGUGCGUCAUCGGAGCAGGGAGUGUUCCUGCAUCAGGGUUUUUGAAACAGAGCGGCAUCCACUUGGACUCAAAGGGCUUCAUCACCGUGAACAAGAUGAUGCAGACAAACGUUGAUGGGGUGUUUGCUGGAGGAGACGUGGUCACGUUUCCUUUUCCACCUCGCAACAACAAGAAGGUGAACAUCCCUCACUGGCAGAUGGCUCAUGUCCACGGCAGGGUGGCAGCUCUCAGCAUGAUGGGCAGACUCUCUGAGUUCAAAACUGUGCCUUACUUCUGGUCGGCGAUGUUUGGGAAGACCAUUCGCUAUGCAGGUUAUGGUGAUGGAUUUGAUGAUGUCAUCAUACAAGGAGAUCUGGAAGAAUUACGAUUUGUUGCUUUUUAUACAAGGAGCGAGGAGGUGGUUGCUGUCACCAGCAUGAACUAUGACCCCAUCGUGUCUCGGGUGGCAGAGGUCUUGGGAUCCGGAAAGACGAUUAAAAAGCGAGACGUGGAGAUGUUAGCGCAGCUUGGCAAGACUGGAGACAUAUCUUGGCUGAUUGACAAAGGCUCUCACUGACUUCACCUCUGACGUUCCCUAAAGGACUGACCCAAAGUUCCCUGGAUACCCUCACGUGGACACUUUGGUGCUGAGACCCUGAGCAGCUAUCCUACUUCAUUCACAGAAACACAGUGGGCACGGCUCACUCUCCUGAAGACGACAGUAUAACAUGUUUUGCUCCGGAGAGACACUUUAAUGUGACAAACUGAACCACACAGGGCAUGAACACACUGAACCACUGUGUCGGCAAAUGUUUUUGUUCACAACAAAGCAAUAUUUCAGCCUUUGUGCUGCUGCAAGUUAUAUCUACCUGUACUUUUUGUUUAUAAGAAGCCAGAGAAGGGCAUGGGCGUUUGUUUUGUAUAAAUAUGACUGUACAUAGUUAUAAUCCUGAUUGCACUGUAACAACAAAAGAGAAUACACUGCUGAGUGGAAAACAGAUCGACUGUGCUCUCAUACGGACAUUAGAUCUGCAUGGUAGAACUUACUGCAGUAAAAAAUAAAAUGACGAGUCCCAAACCAGAGAAUAUUAAUACAGAUGCAUUAAAAUAAAAGCUUAAAUCAGCAGCGGAACAAGUCCUCUUUAGACCAACCUUGAGCUUUAACAAGCUCAGUUAUAUGCACAUGCAUUUAAUUUGCAACGAGAUAAUGUACUUCUUUGUAUGUGUUGCCUUGCUAGUCGAGUAAAUGCAUUAAAUUUUAAUCGUAUUUUUAAUUAAACUAAUUAUUAGUUUGUGCUUGCACAAUAGAUUCAUGUUUUUCAAAAAAUAAACAACGAUAACUCAUCUAGAUGAAAACUAGCUGAAUGUUUAUUUGUGACGUUUCCAGACUCCAUAGGGACUUUAUUUGUUACUAACUCAGGGAACUGAGGUUUGUGGCCCAGGCUGACUGCUCCCUUACAGUCGCUGUUGCUUUAAUAUUCUCCCCUGCGAUCUCACUGCUUCCCCUCAUUUUCCUUUAGCGAUGCUUUGCAAUGUGCUGAGAGGUGCAGAGCAGAUGUCUGAUAGCAUACUGGUCUAAUGAGGAUCCAUGCAUACUUGAUCCUUGACGCUUAAAGUCAACGAGGCAAUUUGAAUAGCAUUGUUCUUCCUACAGAGAAGCUGGAAUGACAUUUUUAUAACUUAACUUUGAAAUAAAAAGUGAUCCAACAGUAAAGA